AUCCUUUAUACACCAAACCGGCGUCUAAAGUGAGCAGUAGUAGAUCGGAAAGCUUAAGCGCGCGGCGGCGGCGUAUAUAAAAGCAGCCGAACCAGAGCACGCUCGCUCGUCAAUCGUCAUCGUCUCCCACCACGCGCGCGCAGGGGAUCUACCUCAGCAAUGCCCCCACCCCACGCAACCAACAGCGGGCGGGCGGGCGGGCGGAAGCCAAUGGAGAGGCCCCCAUGGAGAGCAGCAGCCACGACGACGACGAGCAGCAGCAAGCAGCCUAAGCGCGGCGGCUCGGCCUCCCGCUCUCCGUCGCCGGCGCCGAAGGUGGUGGCGGUCCUGGCGGGGCUCCUGGAGCGCGCGGCGGAGCGCGGCGACUCUGACGCCGAGGGGGAGGGGGAGAGGGAGGCGGCGGGGCUGUUCAGGGGGGAGAGGAAGCCGGAGAUCGGCGUGCGGCGGUACGCGGAGCGGAUCUACCGGUACGCCGGCUGCAGCCCCGCCUGCUUCGUCGUCGCCUACGCCUACCUCGACCGCCUCGCCGCCGCCGAGGACGAAGAGGCGGCGCUGAGGGUGGACUCGUACAGCGUGCACCGCCUCCUCAUCACCAGCGUCCUCGUCGCCGCCAAGUUCAUGGACGACAUACACUACAACAACGCCUACUUCGCGCGGGUGGGCGGGGUGGAGCUGCGGGAGAUGAACGGGCUGGAGCUGGAGUUCCUCUUCGCCCUGCGCUUCCGCCUCAACGUCACCCCCGACGACUUCGCCUCCUACUGCGCCGCCCUCGAGUCCCACAUCGCCCCCUCCGCCUCCGCCGGCCGCCGCCGGCCAUUGAUUGCCUCGCCGGACGACGCAGAGGAAGAACAAGAGGGGCCAGGUUCAGCCGCAGCCGCAGCCGCAGUGCCGACGACGAGCUUCGCGGCCGCUCGGCAGAGGGCGGUCGGGUUGAUGAUCGCCCAAUGACACAUACGCGCUAGCCAGUGCCGAUUGCGACAUGCAUGCGCGCGUGAUUCUUUUGUUUCUUCUUCGAUUCUUUCUUUUCCUUUUUUUUGUUUUUGUUUUCUUCUCUGCUAGCUUCUCCAUCGAUCGGCCAAUCAAUAUUGAGAGUCUGUUGCAUCGAUUUCCCGUCGUGUUGAUAUCAGUUCAUUGAUUGCAAUCGUGGCGUGGCCGGCGGGCAAGCCACCAUUAAUUAAUUUUGUUUUGUUAGUACUUAA